ACUCGCUCUCUCUCUUAUCACUUGGUUGUUUAGAUCGCGUCGCGUUCGCUCAGGUAUGCUCUCUUUCGCCGGUUCUGCUAGAUUUCUCGAACGCGACAUGUCUCGAUUCUGUCUCUAUGUUUUGAUGUCCGACAGAGUUCAUCGGAAAAUCUAGAGACUAUUUCCAGUUAUACGAGCCGCCACGACUCAUUUCUGUGAAACUUCCCCCCCUCCUUUCUUCUUUGUCCUCUUUUGCGAUCGAUUCGAAUGCCCUGGAUCCCGUCGCGAGUCUUGUUCGUACGGCGAAACAGUCGGAGUGAGAUUGCUUGGGCUUGCUCUGUUCCGGAAGAAGGAAGGGUCGUCUGCUUGUUGGUUUCUAUCGGUAUCUAUCUGGCAAGUUUUGGAGGACUGCUUAAGGAAGUAUCACGCAAAUUUUUGAGCCUUCGCUUGAAAGUAGUGGAUCUCACAUGGACAGUCGGUUGGAAACUUCACAGGAUAAGAUAAACAGCAAGAAGAUCGACAAAGGGGUUGAUGUUAUUAAGGAGGAUCAGCUUUCCUCGAUCAAAGAUAAGGAUGUCUCGGAACCCAUUCCAAGUUCUCCUGGAAGUAUUCCAAAGGCCAAAGUUUUUGAUCCAGAAGCUGGGGGAACUGUUGGACCUAAUGCAAUUGUUAAUGACCCUAACAUUACUGGUGAAGUAAACAUGGAAGCGCUCAUAAUUCCUGAUGAUGUAAUAAGGGCUGGAGGUUUUGGGGCCAGAGAUGAUAUAAGUAGCUUUCUUCCAGUUGCUAGUGAUUCUACAGACUUUGAAGCUGCUCUGCGUGCCGCACGAGACUAUGAGGAAUUGCAAGAGGAAGUAUGCAGACCGGGCCUUGGCUGGACAGAAGGUACACAAAGAGAAUAAGCUACCGCUUCCUACUUUCGUACCUGUUGAUGAGCUUGACUUCUUUUGUACUUUUACACCAUUACCUCGAUGAACUCUCUCUUUGAUGUACAUAGUUGUCUCUGAUGCGCAAAUUUGAGUCUCCUUGUAAAUUUUGUUGUAAGUUUUGUAACUCACAAUUUAUGAACUUAACUCAGAAUAGAUGAAUAUUUUCAAUUGACAA